AGACUAGCCAUCGUAACCAUAUCUCUUUCGCUCGGCAUGUUCUUGGUGGGCAUAGAUGCUAGUAUCAUUGGAGUUGCAAUUCCACGCAUCACCGCGUCCUUUCGUUCUCUUGACGACAUCGCCUGGUAUGGCUCGGCCUAUAUGCUUCCAUGCACGGUGCUUCAGCCAUCGUUCGGUGCCUUCUUCAAAUCCUUCAACGUCACAUACGUCUACAUGGCCUCUAUUAUCCUCUUCGAAGCGGGAUCGGUUCUCUGCGCCGCAGCACCUACCUCGACGGCCUUCAUCCUCGGACGAGCCGUUUCAGGUUGCGGUGCCGCAGGCAUCUUCCAAGGCGCGCUCUCCAUCAUAGGCUAUACGGUAGAAAAGAAGAAGAUUCCACUCUACUAUGGCUAUGUAGUAAGCGUCUUUGGAAUCAGCACAUGUACUGCACCGAUCUUUGGAGGAGCUCUGACCGACCACGUGUCAUGGCGCUGGUGCUUUUGGAUCAAUCUACCAAUCGGCUGCGUUGUCCUCGUCCUCGUGCCAAUGUUUAUCAGGGUCAGACUGUCCAAUGAUGCGCUGAGAAAGAUGCCAGUUCUUGUCCGUCUUCGUCGGAUCGACUGGAUAGGCACAGUGCUCUUUACCGGCGCGUUUACGUGCUUGUUUCUGGCCUUGCAGUGGGGAGGGCAAAUAAAGCCUUGGAAGUCACCCGAAGUAAUCGGGCUGAUUGUUGGAUUUGCUCUACUUCUCGGUGUUUUUGUUUGGACCCAAAAGCUUAUGGGCGAGCGGUCCUUAAUCCCACUCCGACUACUUAAGCAGCGAACAGUUCUCUUCGGCUCCAUGUAUCUUCUCCUGAUGUAUCUCGCGCUCUCGGUGUAUCUGUAUUAUAUUCCGAUCUAUUUCCAAGCAAUACGCGGAACUUCCGCCACCAAUAGCGGUGUACGUAUCAUUGCACUAGAUGUGUCGAGAGUGGUAUUCGUUGUCAUUGCAGCGGCCUUAGUCACGAAAUGGGGCCAUUAUAUGCCAUUCAUGGUGGCCGGCAGUGGUAUUGGUGCCAUUGGAGCGGGCCUACUUACCAUGCUAGAUGUUGACACGGGCACAGCUCUCUCAACCAUUUACAUGUUGAUUUGGGGGGCUGGAGCGGGAAUUGGGGCAAACCAACCCUUUACAGCUCUUCAAGCAGCACUGAGCGAGAAUGAUAUGCCCAUCGGGAACGGAAUCACGGUUUUCGCGCUACAGCUGGGCAGCGCCCUUGCGUACGCUAUCAGUCAAACAAUGUUCCUCACCGAAGUGUUCCAUCUUGUUGAAACAAAUCCGUUGACACAGAACAUCUCCCGUUCCGCUAUCCUAGCAGCCGGUGCUACGAACCUUGGACGGCUUUCAACGAACCCCGAAACAGUCAGAGUAGUACGAAGUGCAUACAUCUCCGCCAUUAAAGACGUGAUGUUAGUUGCACUGGUUUCAGUCUGUUUAGCGCAUCUUGCACUUCCCGGCAUGGAAUGGCUGAAGAUCCCGGUUGACAAAGCCGGUGAACAAGAUGAAGAGAUGGUAGCGCCGAUCAAAGAAGGUAACGAGUCUCGGGGUAAUUGAACAUCGGACGGCUUGUAAUUUGGAGCCUCAUUAUGAGUGCGUACACAUAGUUACCACGACAUGAUGCUCCUGGGAAGGUUUCCAGAGAUCAAUAUACUGCGGGAAUAUAUUAUAUUAACGGU